CCGUGUGAACACCUUUCAAAGCGCAUACUACCGCACUAAAGUGAGAAUAGUACGUAGAGGUGCUCAAACUGCUGGAAGUCCACGCAACAACAACACGUCUACAAUGCAUAAACCUGUGCCGUGUUAUGUACAAAACUCGUACUUCUAAACAAAUAUUCUCUCUCAAGAGGACCAGCUGGAUUAUUGGUUGAGGAAAUUAGCGCGAGGAGUUAUUUACUUCACCUGAUUCAUUCAGACUUUCUGGCGUCUACAGUGUCUGAAAAGGACCCCAGCAUGAGUACGGCAAUGUAUGAAAAUUGUCGAAACGGCAAUGAAAAUGUCACCUUCAUUACAAAGGAACAGAAGAUGGCAUCGAAAUCGAAGCAGAAGAAGACGGGGCUGAUAGUAGGAAGUGUGCUGGUUCUGCUGUCGUUGGCGGCUGUGGCUGGCUUUCUCAUAUGGUGGUUCGCUGUCAAACCCAGCAAGCUCCAGCAGAAAAUGAUGGCUAAUAUGGGAGCCCAGAAAGAUAUGGGAACGCGAGUCUUCAGCGGAGAGAUGACUCUGAUAGAUGCCCCGUACAAGCGUGAAUACGAGGACCCCAGCAGUACGGAGUUCCGAGAGACAGCCGAUGCACUUCAGAACAUUCUGAAUAAGACAAUCUCCAAUGACGCUUUUCUCUUCAAGUACUACAAUCAGUCUGUCAUCUCUGCCUUCAGGGAUGGUGUGACCGCAUACCACUGGAUACGUUUCGAUGUUCCUCCAGCGGACAUGGAGCUGCUGCCCAAGCUGACAGCGGAUCGCGUGCUGGAAACCCUUCGCCGAGGAGUCCGUCAGGAGGGCAAACGCAGCAUGCAGACCUUCACCAUCACCGACAUCACUGCCUCGAUUACAGACCCCCGGAUGGCCAGGAACCCGAGAGCCCCAGCGGAAUGUUUCGUCCGUCUGGAGGCUACGUCCAGCAUCCAGAAGUUCCAGUCUCCUGGUUACCCAGACAAGUAUCCAGUCCAGACACGCUGCCAGUGGCAAAUCCGCGCUCCUAAAGACAAAGCCAUCCUGGUCAAGUUCCCUGUUUUCUACAUUCAGGACUCAUGCUCCAGCGACUACGUGUUUAUCUUCGACUCUCUCAGCACCGAUACAUCUCACGCCAUCACGCAGAAUUGUGGUCAGCGCCCCCCGACUAACCCCCUGGAAGUGAUCUCCUCUGGCAACUUUAUGCUCAUCAACCUCAUCACUGAUAGUAUGAUUCAGAGACCAGGAUUUGAAGCCCAUUACCGCGCCAUCCCCACCAUUACAGCUCAGACAUGUGGAGGCCUUCUGACCAACCUGUCCGGAAACUUCACCACCCCACACUACCCGAGCUUCUACCCCCCCAUGGUGGACUGCAACUGGAACAUCAGUGUCCCUGAAGGCAUGAAAAUCCGUGUGAAGUUCACCAUGUUCCGUCUGAAGGAACCGGGCGUGAACAUCCGCGUCUGCAACAAAGACUAUGUGCAGAUCAACGGCACAAAGUACUGUGGCGAAAGAUCCACACUGACUCUGAACAGCAACACCAAUGCCAUGCUGGUAAGCUUCCAUUCGGACAGCUCGUACACGGAUAAAGGCUUCAGCGCCCAAUACAAUGCAUACGACCCACAGAACCCUUGUCCGGGUAAGUUCACCUGCGCUACAGGAUACUGCAUUUCCAAAGAGCUGCAGUGUGAUGGCUGGAACGACUGUGGAGACAUGAGCGACGAGAAAAAGUGCCAAUGUGAGGAAGACCAUUUUAUAUGUGACAAUGGCAUGUGUAAACCUAAGUACUGGCUGUGUGACCAAGUGAACGACUGCGGAGACAACAGUGAUGAACGAGACUGCGCCUGUGGGAGGAGUCAGUUCCGUUGUGGAGAUGGCACUUGUUUGCCUCAGACUGUAAUGUGUAACGGGAAGAAAGACUGUGCAGAUGGCAGCGAUGAGGCCUCCUGUAAAGAGUCUGCUGGAAUUUGCACAGAUUUCACCUUCCAUUGUGCAGACGGCCAGUGUGUGAACAAGCUCAACGCUGAGUGUGAUAAAGUCAGCGACUGCUCAGAUGGUUCUGAUGAGCAGGGCUGUGGUUGUGGGGUGCGACCAUACAAACACAACCGGAUUGUUGGGGGGCAGAAUGCUGAUGUGGGUGAAUGGCCAUGGCAGGUCAGCCUACACUACGGAACCAGUGGGCACGUCUGUGGCGCCUCCAUUAUCUCCGAAAAAUGGCUGCUCAGUGCCGCUCAUUGCUUUAUGACUGGAGAUCCUUCGUACCGUGAGCCAUCGAGUUGGUUGACAUACAGCGGUAUGAAUGAUCAGCAAAAGGAGGAAAAAGAUGUGCAGAUGCGAGAGGUGAAGACCAUCAUCACGCAUAUGAACUACAACCAGAUGACAUACGAUAAUGACAUUGCAGUACUGGAACUGAAGGAGCCUCUGGUGUUCUCCAGCACUGUUCAUCCAGUGUGUCUGCCCUCCAGCUCACAUGUGUUCCCACCUGGGAUGCCCUGCUGGGUGACUGGCUGGGGGGCACUCAGGGAGGGAGGACAGACCGCAACAGUUCUGCAAAAAGCAGAGGUGAAAAUCAUUAAUGACACAGUGUGUGAUUUGGUAACGGAGGGUCAAGUGACUUCACGCAUGUUGUGCAGCGGCUUCCUUGCUGGAGGUGUGGAUGCUUGUCAGGGUGACUCAGGCGGUCCUCUGGUUUGUCUGUCCGAGGCUAAUAUUUGGUUCCAGUGUGGGAUAGUGAGCUGGGGAGAAGGCUGUGCGCGCCGCAAUAAACCUGGCGUCUACACACGACUCACAAAGUUCCGUCAGUGGAUACAUCAACACACUCAAGUGUAGCAACGGGAUGAGCUCCGGGACGACAAGAUGCCCAGUGUGUAUGCCUAAUUGGAUGAUUGGCCGUGUGUGUGUGUGUGUGUGUGUGUGUGUGUGUGUGGGUGAUUUGCCAAAUGAUCCUCAUGGACGGACGCUUCUAUUUUUUUAUAUUGCCGAGCCUAAAGCUUAAACGACAAAUCUUGUUCUCGUGCCUCUAUUAUCAUGAGGAACUUUAUAAAUAUAGAAUUUUAUUAAUAAAUGAUAUACUAAAUAAUAAUGGACACCAAAGGGUUUCAGUUAAUUAGACUGAAAACCUUUGUGGUUUCCUGUAUGAUGAUUUAUUACUGACAUCGUUUGUUUGCUAUGCUAACAUCUUUAUAAGCAUGUGGAUGACUUUUGUUUUCCUGCAUUGACAUCAAGACUUUUACGUCUGAGCAGAAUCCACAGAUACACCCUGUACAUCCUUCUCCAAAUCAGUUUGGAAUUUAAAAAUGCGUUUGUGAACUCUUUUUCUGUCACUGGUGACGACAAGCUUCUGUGCAGUCUAGAAAUUUCUACAGCUCUCCUGUAAAGCCGGGCCUUUUUUAAAAUUUUUUUUAAAUAAACACUUUAAAACUGUUCGCUCUCAAGAUGCUCAGCCAGUGGACUGCAGGAUUAGACAAAAAUGGGCCAUUUCACUCAACCAUUUGCCCAAGCACUCAAGGUCACGUUGGGUCAUCUGGCACUCCGCAUGCUAACACCCUGACUAGCUCAGCCGGAGGUGUUCUCUAAGCAGUGACCUUAUGGAUGAAUCUGCAGAUGAUCUCUCACAGCAUGAGGAUCAAGAGUUCCUCACAAGACUGCCAAAUGUUUAUUUUUGUUGUUGUUGUUUUUUUUUUUAAUGGUUAUAUUUUGUAUAACAACAUAAAACUUCUGUUCAUAUCUGCAGUACUUUUUGCAUUUUCAGUUGCGGUGAUUGAUGGACAUUUUCACUAUAGGCUAUUAUGGCUCUUAUUAUGUGCUGCUGUUUUGCUUUUAUGUCUGCUUUUAAGUGUUAUAUAAAGAUUAUCUGUCCAAUAUCA